CUUGAUUUUGCAAACGAUGCUUUUCAAUUCUAUAUCAACCAUCAGAACAACGAUCAAGCAGGGGAACGUGCUAGGGAUCCCAAACACGUUUAUGCCAACACGUGCAAUCCAGCCAUCUGCCCCAUUUUAGCACUAGGAAUUUACUGGCUGAUGUUUCCUCCCAACCAUCCCACGUCAGGAGGACGUUUAUUCCCUGGCUCGAAUCAGUACGAGCGGUUUAAAAAACUGUUCAGUCAACGGCUGUUGCGUGAUUCUGAAGUCCUGGAGGCGUUGGAAAACAAUGCGCUACACGUAGGAGACUUGGGAACACAUAGUAUCAGGAAGGGAUCAGCAACGUAUACUGCGUCUGGAACCACUUUUGGACCC